AUUCCGCUGACUGCUCCAUCCUAUGAACAAUCUGUCCUCAUCUACCCCCACCGCCACUAUAUAUUUGGGGACCGACAACAAACCCAGUGCGAACACGCCCACGAUCAACAAAGCAUGGCAGAUCAUGUCUCCGUUCCCUCGGUCAAGGACGACCCUGAAACCCAAUUUGUGGCACUUCAUACUGCACCGGACGUGUACAUCAAUGCAAAGAACGAUACUUGCUGGCUUCCUUGGGUGGGCACCAUUGAAUUGAAACCCUAUCGCUUCGAAGCCCGCAGUGGGCAAUUCGUUGUUGGGCUCCGAUCCCCUGUCGAUGCUUGCCUUGGGAAACACCGUCAUCGCGGACCGGUCACAGCUGUGACGGUGGCAGGAAGUUGGAGAUACAAAGAGUAUCAAUGGAUUGCUCACCCAGGCGACUACGUGGUGGAAAACCCGGGCACCAUCCAUACGCUGUACAUCAGUGGGGGGUCGGAAGUGGUGUUUACCAUCAAUGGAAGUAUUGAGUUCUUCGACGAUAAUGAUCAGCUCAAGCAGACGAUGGAUAUCUUCAGCUUUGCGAAACUGUACUAUGAUCAUUGUGAGAAAGUGGGCAUCCAGCCCAACCCGGGUUUGUGGUACUAGUCAGCGAAU